AAGUGACAAUAGAUAAUUUUGGGAUGAGAGCUUUAUGAAAAGGGCAACCUGGGAAACAUGAUUCUAAGCAGCGAAGAAGAACUGCAAUAGAUAGAUGGGGUUCUUGCGAGUGUGCGUGACGGUUAGGGCAAGGCUCUUAAAGUUAUAAAUAGGUGCCACUCACUAGGGUUUACUCUCUCUUCCUUUCGGCAUCUUUAAUAUUUCCUUCUCCAUACUCGCACAUUUUGAAGACGUAAAACGAUUGAACCCUAAAUAUGCGCCGAUUGCAAACAUUGAAACAAGUUUCAUGGGCCUCCGAUUUAGAUCUUUGUCAGGUUAGGCUAUUCUUAUCAGAGGAAUCUCCUUCACAGGUUGGGUUAAAUUCUCAAGAUAACCUCCAAGCAAAAACAUCAUUGUCGUUGCGUCCAGGUGGAGCAGGUUCUGAUGACAUUCUGCCUCCUGGAUUUGAGGGAACUCAUGCUUCAAGUCAGUUUGAGAUUAAGCCAUCCCAGAUACCAGUUAUUAAGUGGAUUACUCCUCAAAAGAUUGUUCUAAAUGUCACAUGGCGGGUAGUGUCUGGGGAAGAAAGCAAAGAAGCAGAGGAUCAAUGUCAGAGGGAGAUGAGAGUACUGGAAGCUAUUUAUCCUCGCAUAUCUUCCAUUCCUCUAAACCCUUCUGUUUCAAUGGAUGUUGAAGAGUUCCAUUGCAUUGAUGGUCAAACUACUUUGAUACCAAUAACGCCAGUUGAAGAUGAAGAUGCAGCAGCAGAAACAUUAUCGUAUUCCUUGGAACCAUUUCAUGUUUCCCAAUCUCUUCAAUUAGCUUCUGGUGUUCUGAAGGAUUCAAACUCUGCUACAAGUAUGCAGUUAGCUUGUGGUCUUGCAUCUGAUGUAGCUGUUGCUGCAUCUGUUGCUUUAACUAACCUUGUGAAGAGCAAUGAACAUGGAAAUUUUGUUGACCAUGAAUUACUUAAUAAUAUUCUCAACAAUCCAGAAGUGAUUGAGAAGUUGGUUGGAGAUUAUGGAGCUAUUAAUAAUUCACAAUAUGUACAUAAUGCGGGGUCAUCCUUGGCGGCUUUUUCAAAUCCUCCUAUUCCUAUUCAAGGACAAACCACUACACCUUCAUCGGUUGUUUUUUCAACUACUUCUUCCUAUACUCCCCCUAUUGGAGGUCAGGCGGAACCUGUUACUACCCAAUGGCCUCCUAGGCCUGCAGUGAGUUCAGCUAUUGUUUCUUCUCCCAUUGAGGUCCCUCCUGCAAGAGAUGUAAACUACUAUAAGAGCUUAAUUCAACAACAUGGAGGACAUAAAGAAACACUUCCAUACUCCAGUAAACGUCAGAUUCCUCAGGCAGCAACAAACUAUGAGACAACCUCCUACAAUCAUAGAGGUAAAGUGUCAAAACCAAAGAUAAUGAAGCCUUGUAUCUUUUUCAACAGUUCUAGAGGAUGUCGGAAUGGAGCUAACUGUGCCUACCAGCAUGAUGCAUCAUUUCAGCCACGGGGUAAUACUGUGUCAGGGAUACAAAGUUCAAAGAGGAUGAAAAUGGAUCAUGAGAUUAGCAAUUAAAAUGAACUCUAUUGGCUGGUGUUGUUGAUUGCCGUUCAUUUUGAUGGGGACGACUGAAUGCAAAUCCAUAUCAUAUGCGUCUGAUGUGGUCAAGUUAGCAUUUAAUUUAAUGAGCAAUUGCGAGCCUUGUUUGCUGAUAUUUUUAAAUGCUACAUGUAUAAUUUUUUUAUUGAAAGACUCUUCAUUUUCUUCCCUUGUUUGAGAAUCUGUCAAAAUUGUUGCUUUUCUUGGUCAAUAUUUUCAUGAUUGUAAUUUUAGAUGGAGACUGAUUGAAGGUA